GAACCGCUACGUUGGGGAUGUCAUCUCCAUCCUCAGUGCAAUAUGUUCGACUUCCUCUUUUCGAUCUUGAUUUGUGUUGCUGACGACCGUACGAUAGUAUUUUUGAGCUCGACAUUUUCAGUUGAAACGUAAGUGCACACAAACCGGCCUGUAUGUCUGGUCCACAUUCACUUGCUGAUUAAAAAUAAUCUUUGCAUCAGCUGUCGUAUUUUAUUUCACUUCCAAUCUUAUGGGCCUUUUGUGUCAGUAUGGGCUACACAAAGUACACCAUUUCGUUCAUAUCCGCAGAUAAGUACUGACAGCAUCUCUGUCUUACUACUAGCGAUCAUGCAACUGCGCAUUUACGCCCUGUACCGCAAGUCCAAGAAGAUUCUGGCUUUCACAGCAGUUUGCUUUGUCAUGGAAAUUGCAGCCAUUUGCACGGUCCUGGCGAUAAAUUUCGACCACACCUUAACAUAUACCAAUGAGGCCAUACCCGGGCUCCUCAACAUGUGCGCAACGUCAACUAUCAACAGAAGCUUCACGGCCAUCUACGUACCCAUCUUUAGUUUCGAGCUUCUACUUUUCGUCCUUGCCAUAUCUGUUGCCUUCAAGCACAUGAACAACAUUCGUACCAUUGCUGGGAAGAGACUUCACAGCACGAUGGCGACGCUGAUCAAGUACAACACGAUCUAUUUCUUUGUCGAAAUGGUCGGAUGCGCGGUUGCCUCGGGGUUGUAUCUUGGUCUUCCGCCGAUUUACCUGGAAAUCGCAAAUUCAGCCCUUAUUGCAACUACGAUCAUCCUUGGGAGCCGGCUAGUACUCGGCACACGUAAUUUCUAUUCUGACCCAUCAGAAGAUCAUUUGAACCUCAGCCAUGGGAGCCAUGCUCAGAGUAAUAGCUUUACUUUUACCCAACCUUCACUUGGGCCAUUCCACGACUCCAGUCAGAUGGAGAUGACAAUGGUCAGUGCCAGGGGAUACCGUCUGGAUAAAAGUGAUGACCGUGUAUAAAGAGCUUGUUGCUUGAUCCCUAAUACUCUUGCAAUUUGGGUCUGUAGACUUAUCCGUUUCAACAACGUAGACCAACUUAUUUCGACGAUGUAACGAUACGCCAUGACCAAUUGCUCCCUGUUUAUGACAAGUAUUAAUGAUGCACACUUUGUUAGCACUUUACUCCCUAUCCUGACGUCCAGCCUGAGUAUUCACGAUCUUCUUUACUGCCACAUUAAUCCUCACCUCAAAGUCACC